AACGCCCCUUGAAGAUGGGUCUCGGAGGCCUAUUGGCUGUCAUGACGUCAUGGCGAAUGGCGAUUGGGUGACCUGGGAAGAGGCUGGUUCCAGACCUCUGUACCUUGGGCCCAUGGCUGCGCCGGACCUACGGGCGGAGGUGGACUCGCUGCUUCUGCAGCUGCUCCAGGACCUGGAAGAACUGGAGGCGAAGCGGGCGGCCCUGAACUCUCGGGUGGAGGAGGGCUGGUUCUCGCUCUCCAAAGCUCGCUACGCUAUGGGUGCCAAGUCGGUAGGUCCCCUGCAGUAUGCCUCCCGUAUGGAGCCCCAAGUCUGCGUCUACAUCAGCGAGGCCCAGGACGGACUCCAGAAGUUCUGGUUGGUGAGACCCAGCGCCCAAACUCCGGAGGAGGUGGGGCCCCGCGAGGCAGCUUUGCGCAGACGCAAGGGUCUCACCGGAACCCCAGAGCCGGAGUCCUUCCCAGCCCUCCAGGACCCUCUGAACUGGUUUGGAAUCCUGGUUCCUCACAGUCUGCGGCAGGCCCAAGCCAGCUUCCGGGAGGGCCUGCAACUGGCUGCAGACAUGGCCAGUCUUCAGAUCCGCAUUGAUUGGGGUCGAAGCCAGCUCCGGGGGCUCCAGGAAAAACUCAAGCAGCUGGAGCCUGAGUCUGCAUGACCUGUGACCAGAAGCAGAGGAGCGAGCACAUCAUGUGGCUACCUUAUCUCAGGCCUUCCUCCUUCACAGAUUGCCCCUGUCCCUAUUCCCAGCUAAUCCUUACUACUUAAAAUUUCCCUGGUUUGCAUGUUUCCAGCUUUGUUAGGUGUGAAACUUUGAAGAGGCAAACUGAAGAAUGUUGAAAGUCACUCCUGUGAAACCACUUGUCGGGCUGUGUUCUCCUAAGACACAUUCAUGUGGGGCAGGGGUCAAAGCUGGUAGGUUAUUUCAUGUUAGUAAAUAACCAGAGUAGUCUCAUGGAUAUGUCAGCUGCAGUUUCUUUACAGGAUGAAAUAUUACACAGCUAGUAGCAGGAAAGGACAAAAAUAGGUGCUUCAUUUUCACUAGAUUCUCAAAACUGAUUUUGAUGUACGAAAAAAACCAAACAUGGCUAACGGAUCAGGACAGCAUGAUUCCAAGUCAAUAAAAAGCACAAACACCUGAGUAGGCAGUUCUUGACAGGUCUUAAGCCAGAAAGUAAAACAGAUUUGACUUCGAUUUUCAAGGAAAUUGUAGGAACCAAACUCCAGGCAGAGAUCUUUCAGAUUUUUAAAAACCUUCCUUUAACUUUUCAGGAGUGAGACCUACUCUCUUUUAAUUUUUGAAGGUCCAAUUGUAUUUCCUGUGAUGGGAACUGUGUCCAUGCUUCAUUUUCCUGCUGGGUUGCUGGUAUUUUUAGCAGUUUCCAGGAGGUAAUCUUUAUGUUUGGGAAAAAUUAAUCCUUUGUUCAUAAUGUGAAAUAUAAAUAUUUUCCCCAAUUUUUCUUUUAAACUUUGCAUAUGGUGUUUUUUAAAACACAUGAAAUUAAACUGCACAAAACAAUUGAAUAGCUUAAUGAAUAACUAAGGUGAAAGCUAUGGUCACCAUCACCCAGCUCUUGUAUUUUUCUUUUUUAGUCAGUUUUCUUAAUAGAGUUGAAUUUAUCAGUCAGUUGUUCUACGAUUUCUGGACUUGGGGUUGUAAUUGAUAUGAUAAAGGAACUCUCCAGUGUUUUCCUCAAAAACUUUCAGCUGAGGUAUGGGGUUAAUAUUGCAACCAAUUUGUCUUUUCUACCAUAAGUCUACAUACAUAUAUACAUUAUGUUGAUUACCCCUACCGCCAACUUGAGAUGCUACCUUUUAUUCUUUCAUACAUCCAGUGUAUGCCUCUACCAUAUUUUGGACUUCCAUUGUUUCAUUGAUCUUACUGUCUGUUAAAAUCCUUGAGCCUUUCACAUAUACUUUACUUUAAUCGCA